GCUCAGCGAGUGCGGACACGCGAAACGGACGAAACGGUCGAUCGGAAUCGAAGCUAGAUAACAGCGCGUGCCAAAGCCAUAAACCAUACAACAAAAACAGCAACAAGCCAAUCUGUGCGAACAGAAAAUCCUGUGAGUGUAGACAUCGCCACCGAGCGAAGGCAUUUAACUGCGAAUCACGCAUUUCCCAUAUGUGCUAGAAGUGAGAACUGAACUGAACGGUAAAUACAGGCAAACGGUUAAUAUUGAAGUUUAAGCUAUGCCCGAAAUUGUGGAAUUGAAUGUUGGCGGGGUCCACUACACGACGACGCUGACGACCCUGCUGCAGGAGAAGGGGACGCUGCUGUACGAGCUGUUUGCUGGCCCGGAGGGUCGCGAGUCGCUGGCCAAGGACAGCAAGGGCCGUUAUUUCCUGGACCGUGACGGUGUCCUUUUCCGCUAUAUAUUGGACUAUCUGCGCGACAAGGCGCUGAAUUUGCCGGAGGGUUUCCGUGAACGCCAGCGCCUGCAGCGCGAAGCUGAGCACUUCAAGUUGGCCGCCAUGCUGGAGUGCAUACGCGGCGACCGCGAUGCCCGGCCGCCGGGCUGCAUCACGAUUGGCUACCGCGGCAGUUUCCAGUUCGGCAAGGAUGGCCUGGCCGAUGUCAAGUUCCGCAAGCUGUCGCGCAUCUUGGUCUGCGGCCGUGUCGCCCAGUGUCGCGAGGUAUUCGGCGACACGCUGAAUGAAUCCCGAGAUCCCGAUCACGGUGGUCCGGAUCGCUAUACGUCGCGCUUCUUCCUAAAGCACUGCUUCAUCGAGCAGGCUUUCGAUAAUCUGCACGAUCACGGGUAUCGCAUGGCCGGCAGCUGUGGCUCCGGCACCGCUGGCUCUGCGGCAGAGCCCAAGCCAGGCGUGGAUGCGGAGGAGAAUCGAUGGAAUCACUACAAUGAAUUUGUUUUCAUUCGGGACUAAGCAGCUGUAGAAGUUCUUUUCUGUUUGUGAUACGAUUAACUAUAAUUUAGAUACGACUCUUCCGGCAAAUAUUUGCGAAAGGGAGAGAGGAAAACAAAGCAUUUGUCACCAAAUUUACCUAUUGGCCUAAUCUGAAUAGAAUUUUCAUCAAAUCGAAAUUCGUUUUUUAGCAUUGAGGAACUAAGAAGAAUCUUUUAAUCUUAAAUGAUUUGAGCCCACCUUUAUAUUCCGAUGGGAACAUUUUAAGCGUACAAAAUUAUGUAACAAUCCCCAUAGGCAAAUACCCAAGCGGUUUACCUGAGAGUAAGCAGUUUAUUUACCCAUGCCUAGUUCCGAUUAAUCAAAGCAGUUUUGAAUCCUAGUGAAUUAUGCGAAUGAAUUAUUAUACGCAAAGCAGCGGCUGAUGAAUAUAACAAGUAUUCGAUGUUAUCCUGAGUGCGUAAAGCGAAUAAGUUAUGAUUUUUGAAUUGUUAAAUCAAUUACAGGAAAUUAGUAAUUAUAAAUUUGGGGAAAUGCGAAUGUUAAUGAAAUAAACCAGAGCAAACGUAAACAAACGUAAUUUGAAGAAAUCUAGAAAUAAAUUUACAAACAUGUUUUUACCUAUAUAAGUAGGAUCAGCUCUAGACAAACUGUAAGAAUUUAUCGGCUAUUUAAACAAAAACCAACUAAAAGCAACUAUUUAAAUACGGGUCACUUCUUCAGUAAAUAACAUAUAAAGGAAAGUCAGUUAAUAUGCAAUCUUUCCCGCAAGUAAAGCGAAUGAUUUCUUAGAAGAAACCUAUGGUAAUUUAUGGUAAAUUGUUCAAGGAUAAAUAAUUAGAAAAAAAGUCAAAUAGCAACUGAAUUUCAAUAAGUAUUAAUCAAAGUACAGAAAAAUAUACAAGGAAACAAACACUUACAACGCUUUUUAAACUGACAAUUAAUAACAAAAUAAUGUCAAAUAUACAAUAUUGAGUAUAUACAUAAUACUUGACUCCAAUAUGAAUUCCAUAUUUCUUGCCAAAAAAAACUGAAAGAAAGUUAGGAGCAUCAAAAAAUUGUCAGCCAAAUGCCAUUAAGCAUAAAUAUCUUGAAAAGUCUAAGUGAUUAAAAGUUAGAAUGGAAAAAGGACUAGUUGAAUAUAUAAAGGAUUCAUUCAAAAAAUAUCAUCAUUUAAAUAUUGUUAUUAAUUGGACUUUAUCAAAUGUGAAUAGGCGGAAUUUAACUUAACAACUUUAAGAAAUCGAAUCAUUAUUUUUUACAGCUAUUUACAGAGUUCCCCAAGCAUGUCUUCGAAAUUAUUUAUAUAUAUAUAUAUAUUUUGCCAAAAAUUGACCGAAAGAACUUCCACGAAAAUGCUAAAAAUUUGCUGAACUUUGUAAAGUGUUUAAGUUGAUGUUUCGACUGUCAUUGAAUAACCCCCAGAACAAUCAAUAUAUCAAUAUAUAUUGCUGUCAAUAGUUUACCCUGCUGAAAUUGUGAUGCGUUUAAAUUUCUGUUCAAAUUUCAAAUAAAUAUUUACAUAUGUGUGCAUAAACAUUUGCAGGCAACUCGACAAGGCUUGAAGGGAACUACCACAUAUAAUUGGUCUUAAAUGAUAAUUGUAUAAAAUGAAAUAGUUCACAUCGUUUAAAUGUCAGAUAUGUAUGUAUAAUGUACAUUAUAGCAAAAUGUUUGGGAUUAUACUUAAAUCAACUUUUAAGCCCCACUAUAGUUAUGUUAUGAGGAAACCUAGCGCGUAUUCGUAUACAUGCAUAUAUUUAAAUCAAUUGUCGAUAUUGAAUUAUCUAUAUAUGUUUAGCAUUAAGUUCAGUGAGCAUAUUACACAAAACAAAAAAAAGCAAGUAAAUAAAUUAUAUAUGUAUUAAUGAGCUGUAAAACGAAAUUAACUUUUAUCUAAAAAAAGUAAACGUAUUAUGAUCAUAAAUAGGCGCCAACAGUCUAUCAAAGUGCGACAAGCUAAAUCUAUGUAAAAAAAAAUAUACUACAAAUAAAAUAACUAUAAAAUUAAA